AUUUCUUGAAUACAAGUAACGACGAUGUGCGAUGUGAUUAUGUGUUGCAACAAUAAAAUAAAAAUGUUCUCCCUGAAUCAAAUUGCACAUGGCGGCCAUAAAACACCAUGGAAGCAGCUCUCCGUAGAAAAUAGACCAAACACAGAAAUAGAUUUCCAGCACUAUCGUAGGACGAAGCAAAGACACGUUCUGAAUCUGGGGCUUCCCAGAACUACCGUUGCCUGUUUGCCUUUUUAUCCGGACCGGAUUUCACUGACGGCUGCGUGACUCAUCCGCAAACGGCUGGUGGCAAGUGGUUGUGCUGGAUGAUCGGGUUGGUUGGUUUGGCGGAUCGGCAUUAGUGUUUCCAAAAAACAACAGGAGAGAGUGAAUCUUUGAACUCCGCAACAAGAGGUCCAACAAAAUGACCACCACCCGGGAGGAUGUCCUGCUGCAGAUGGGUGAAGUGCGGUACAAGAAAGGUGAUGGCACACUGUACGUUAUGAACGAGCGCAUUGCCUGGAUCGCAGAGCACCGGGAUACGGUUGCGGUGUCGCACCGCUUUCAAGAUAUUAAAAUGCAAAAAAUAUCCCCCGAGGGGAAGCCGAAAAUACAACUGCAAGUUGUCCUGCAUGACGGUAACAGUUCAACGUUCCACUUUGUCAACCGUAAUGGGCCCCAGGCGCAGAUGGUUGACCGUGAUAAGGUGAAGGAGUUGCUCCAGCAGCUUCUACCCAACUUUAAGCGUAAGAUUGAUAAAGAGCUGGAGGAGAAAAAUAGGGUUCUGACCGAGAACCCAUUGCUGCUGCAGCUAUACAAAGACCUCGUAAUCACACAAGUGCUGCCCAGCGAAGAGUUCUGGGCGAACCAUGCGAAGCAAUAUAUGACCAAGGAUCAGUCUCAGAAGCAGGACAUUGGCGUAUCCGGAGCUUUCCUAGCGGAUAUUAAGCCACAAACCGACGGUUGCAACGGGCUGCGAUAUAAUCUAACGUCCGAUAUAAUCGAGUGUAUCUUCAAAACCUAUCCAGCUGUCAAACGGAAACAUGCAGAGCACGUUCCGGCUAAAUUGACUGAGGCAGAAUUUUGGACGAAAUUUUUCCAAUCACAUUACUUCCAUCGGGAUCGAAUAGUGGCGGGUACCAAAGAUAUCUUCAACGAAUGUGGUAAAAUUGAUGACCAGCAGUUGAAGCAAGCGGUACAGGAGAACCUCGGCGAUCCGCUCUUAGAUAUCCGAUCUUUCGAAGACAAUACGCUGGAGGAAGGAUUUUGCAGUGCUGCCUCUAGCAAGCAGACCGUCAACAGUGGCAACAUCGUGCACCAAAGCAUGAUUAAGCGCUUCAACCAACACUCGUUUAUGGUUUUGAAAACAUGCACAGACGUGAAAACUUUGAACCAAGGAAUCGGCGCGAUCCUAAAUGCUACUCCUGCAACCACAAACGGUGAAACUAACGGAACCAAGGACAAAUCCAAAUUGAACAAUAAUAAUCACUUGGUAAAUGGGUUUAAUAAAAAAGAAAAGCGUGCCCACGAGAACAAUCACAUUAACUCUAACGGAGAUAUCAACGGCAGUCACAACAACAAAGCUGUUGAGUCGUUAAUCGAGCCAGCUAUCAAACGUGCUAGAAUUUUAGAGAAAAUUCACUACGACGAUCUGGACGAUGACGUCGAUCCGAGCAAACAGUCAAAACAGUUGAACCUCACGAAAAUCGAACGCUAUUUGCAUGGACCGGUUCCGACAGGGUCUAGCAGUGGUGCGACCGGCGGUACGAGCUUUCAUGACCAACAGGCGGCGGACUACGGUUUGCCCGAUCUGGACUCGGUCAACGGGUAUAUUAUGCAGGCCACUGGUUCCUGGAACAAUCGUACUCCGCACAAAGUGCUUGUCAGUGCAGCGUCCGCAGUCAACGCCUUGAUGGAGCUUAGUCCGGGCGGGACACUCAUGAGGGGCUUUCAAGAGCAGAGUUUAGCUCAACUCGUACCGCCCGAUAUCGAGAAGGAGAUUCGCAAUCUUUACCUAUCGUUGCUGGAGCUGCUGAAACAUUUCUGGAAGUGCUUUCCGCCUACCACACCGCAGUUGGAAACCCAAGCGAGCCGCAUGCACGAAGCAUUGCAGCGAUUUUCGAUGGCCAAGUUGAAACCGUUCGAAGACCGUGCCAUGAGAGAACUGUUGCCAUUGGGAGCGUCCCUGACGCAGCAUUUAAAUCAGCUUCUGCAGUCGGCCAACCGAAAGUACGCCACCUGGCAGGAACGGCAGCGUCGUACGCACAGGUAGCACCACUCGCCAGCUUCGCCAUCCUCUCCGAUCCACCAUCAUUACCACCAGCAGCAUAAUCACACCGAUCUGGUUCGAAAAUGGCAGCAUCACUAAUAAAUUGGCCACCAACGCGAUAGUAGCUGCGCAGCGAAGGUAACACUUUACAAAAUGUAGGAGUUUCUUCAAUUUUUUUUUCGAAUAAACUAGAAUGUUCAAUUUGAUUUUAAGUAGGAUUCUAUUUUACUUCCAUUCAGCCCAUUUGUUCCGUGUACUCAAACAAAAAAGAUAAAAAACCAAGUUUGUUAUAUAUUUUGGAUAUUUGAAUGCUGAUAGCCUGUUGAACAGUCAAGCAAGUAAUAUUACUGUACUGUAAAAUGAAAAAUAUAAUUGAAACACCCACUGAGAGGUAGUGAUUAAAUCAAUUAAAAUAAAAACAUAAAACAGCAUAGAAAUUAGUGAUAUUUGAAAUUUUUGGAUCAAAGCGCAAAAGGAAGAAAUGGCUGUUAAUAAUAAUUGGUGUUCCCUGGAUCCCUGCCGUGGUUGUUUCUUAUUAGCUGUUUCUUCCCGUACGAUCCGCACAUCAUUAAUAGGUACGAUGGGAAAUUAAAAUCACGAAACAAAACGAGGUAUGGAGGGAUUGUUAAGAUUGCCUUUCGCGUAGAGCUUGUUAUGAUCAACAUAAGAAUGAAAUCAAAAAUGUAAGAGCUAUGAAAAUGCUGCGGAUUGGAACAAAAGAUCAAUUAUCCUCAAAUUAGGCGACGUCUGUUUUUUCCUGUCAUUGAAAAGUAUCUGUAAUAGCUGAUAGCAAAAAAAACUGAUAUAUACAAACACUAGUAGCAUGUAAGAGAUGGUGCAGACUUAACUAGGAAACGCGAAGCUUGCGCCUACUUUUUCUACUUUGAGUUCAACCUUGUUUCUUCCAUCCCAAACCGGUAUUUCUCAAAUGCGACUGUACAAUAAUUUGGGACACACGGUAAUAGUCCUUCACAGUUUCCAAAACUCUUAAUAGCAACUCGUAUUGCCGAAGAGAAUUCUCGAUCCUUUCGAUGAUGUUACCCAUCUACGUUCCGCUGUUUUUUGUUUCUAAUUCUGUAAUUCAAAUGUGAUUUUGUUCGUUUUUAGCUCGAAAGAUACACACAAGGAAGAAAGCCUAGUUAUGAUAAACACGAGACAUGAACAGUCUGAAAGCGGAUAGGUAUAUCAACAAUGGAAAAAAAAUACUUGAGGAUAAUAAGAAAAAUAGUUUAAAUAAUAAUACUUGAGGCACACAUAAAUACGGUCGUACGCCGAAGUGCAGCAAGUUAUUUGAAGUUUGUAUCAGAAAGUCACAUUAUUCAGCAGUACCAUUUAUACGAAGAUAAAAUUUGAACAACACUUAAUAAAAGUGGAUCAACCAUUUAAAACCUA